UUCUCCAAGCUUUCAUCUCUCCACGACUCCACACCUCUAUCUCUCUCUCUCUCUCUCUAAUCAUCUUAAUUAAGCUCUCUCUCCCUCUCUCUCUCUCUCUCUCUCUAAUCUCUCUCGCUCUCUCGAUUUCUCUGGUUACAAUCUCGUCAAUUCAGAAGUUCCCCGUUUGUUAGCUGGAUUGCCCAAAUGGAGUCAUCGAAAGAGACCGGGUUCCAAGCUCCGGAAGGCCCUAUCCUUUGCAUCAACAACUGUGGCUUCUUCGGGAGUGCAGCCACGAUGAACAUGUGUUCCAAGUGUCACAAAGACAUGAUCUUGAAGCAGGAGCAGGCUAAGCUCGCUGCUUCAUCAAUCGAGAACAUUGUCAAUGGCGGUUCAAGCAGUAACGCGAAAGAAUCUGUGGGGAUGCUUCCUAACGCCAUCGACACCCAAGCUGGAAACCCAGAACCGAAGGCCAUCUCUCUGCAACUGCCAGCACCCGCCGAUCCAUCCACAGGCAAGACCCCAGAAGCGAAGGUCAAACAAGGGCCAAGCCGGUGCACCGCCUGCCGCAAGCGCGUGGGCCUAACCGGGUUCAGCUGCAAGUGCGGAAACCUCUUCUGCGCCACCCACCGCUACUCCGACAAACACGACUGCCCGUUCGACUACCAGAACGCCGCUCGGGACGCAAUCGCCAAGGCCAACCCUGUCGUGGUCGCAGAAAAGCUUAAUAAGAUCUAGAAAGCAGCCCCAACCUGAAAGCUGAUGAGAACCACAAAUUCAAAAUGCAAUCUUCUUCAUGUGCCUGAAUCUGAGACAAGUGAAACCAAUCUAUCUGUUGGGGUAUAAGGCAGUGAAAAUGGGGGCAAGUUCAAUGAACUUCUUCUCUCUCUCAAGUCCUUUAUAUUCUUAAACUACCAGUGUGUAUAUCAUUAUUUGUGAUUGCUUUGGUGGACAUGACAUCCUCGUACGUGCUAUUUGUAAUUUCUCUGCUUGGCCUGCUUCUUUCACUUCAUGCAUGUAGUAAUUAGCAGCACCAUUAUUUAUGAGGGUGGAAUGAAAAAUAAAAGGAAAAAAAAUGAAGUGCUUUGUAUUA